UUAUCUUUAGGUUUUCAUGCUGUCAGAACCUGCCAUCCUUCUGUCCUACUACCUUAAAACUCACUGUUUGGGAAAUGAAUAGAAGAAUGCUUCAUUAGAAACAUGAUGCAGUUCACAAUUAACAGAAUCAAGUACCCCUAUCAUGGUCGUUAGCUAACGUUAGCUACGAAGCUAGGAUACUUGGACAAUCCCUUCAACUUGCUUGCUGACAGGUUAGCUUAUGACAGCUAACUUCGCUAUGUGAACUAACUAAGCCGGGAAAGUGGCGAUAAAGAAACUCCCUGCAACUCUCUGGUGUUGCAGGUCGCUCUCAUGUGCCCAUGGAGAAGGCGGCCUUUGAGGGGUGGCUGGAGUCAGUCUCUGCCACUUUCCUUACUCUAAAUGACCAGCAGCGCAACCAGUCUCUGGACCACCUCAUAUCUUUAAGUGGUGCUGUCCAGCUCCGUCAUCUGUCUAAUGGACUGGAGACGCUGCUCAAGCGUGACUUUCUACGCCUCCUUCCUCUGGAGCUGGCCUUCUACCUGAUGCGCUGGCUGGACCCUCAGACCCUGCUCACCUGCUGCCUUGUCUGCAAACAGUGGAAUAAGGUGAUAAACUCGUGUACAGAGGUGUGGCAGGGUGUGUGUCGGGAACUGGGCUGGAGGAUUGACGAGUCCAUUCAGGAUGCAUCACACUGGAAGGGGGUCUACCUGAAGGCUAAAAUGCGUAUGACGCAGUUGAAGGAUCAGGAGGCCUUUGAGACGUCGUCCCUCAUUGGCCACAGUGCUCGAGUGUACGCCCUGUACUAUAAGGAUGGCCUCCUCUGCACAGGAUCUGAUGACCUAUCAGCUAAACUAUGGGAUGUGCGCACCGGGCAGUGCAUUUAUGGGAUUCAAACACACACCUGUGCCACAGUGAAGUUUGAUGAACAGAAGCUGGUGACUGGAUCCUUUGACAACACUAUUGCAUGCUGGGAGUGGAGCACGGGGGCUAAAAUCCAGCAGUUCCGUGGCCACACUGGAGCAGUCUUCAGUGUGGACUACAAUGAUGAGCUGGACCUGCUGGUCAGCGGCUCUGCAGACUUCUCUGUGAAGGUCUGGGCUCUGUCUGCUGGUGCCUGUCUCAACACUCUGACUGGACACACUGAGUGGGUCACCAAGGUGAUACUACAAAAAAGUGAAGUAGAAUCUGUGGUGCAUAGUCCUGGUGAUUAUAUCCUCCUAAGUGCUGAUAAGUAUGAAAUUAAGGUCUGGCCUUUAGGGAGAGAAAUCAACUGUAAGUGUUUGAAGACGCUGUCAGUGUCAGAGGACCGCAGCAUCAGCCUUCAGCCCCGCCUGCAGUUUGAUGGACGCUACAUCAUCUGCAGCUCUGACCUCGGAGUUUAUCAGUGGGACUUUGCCAGUUUUGAGAUUCUCAGGGUGAUAAAAACACAGGACCCAGCUAACCUGUCCCUGCUCAGCUUUGGCGAGGUGUUUGCACUCCUUUUCGACAACCACUUCCUGUAUGUGAUGGACCUGAGGACAGAGGCUAUCUCAGGCCGCUGGCCUCUACCAGCUUACAGAAAAUCCAAACGAGGAUCCAGCUUCCUGCCCGGUGUGACUUCCUGGCUCAACGGCCUGGACGGGGGCAAUGACUCUGGACUGGUGUUUGCCACCAGCAUGCCCGACCAUAGCAUUCACUUAGUACUGUGGAAAGAGAACGGAUAGAAGCAAACAAGGAUUCCAGUCCCCUGACUGCUAGGAUAUGAGCCGCAAACAUGUGUGCUCUGGAAUAAAUGAACAUUAACAGCCAACAUAGACCAUGCAUGGACCAAAGCAUUUUGUUUUUCUGUUUCUUCCUCAGCAUACAGUCCUCCUCUCGACAUACACAUUCACAGAUGUAAAUGGAAGGCAAACUAAGAACGAUGAUGUAGCACUCUGGUGUGCUACACUCAGUGCUGGCUCAAUACUUGGUCCUGAUUUCUGCAGAAACCUGUAAACCAAUCAUUGGUCUUGGUCUUGGGCAAAGACAGAAAGAAAGUAAACAGACUUCUCGAAAGCCAAGAUGUUUCAGUGACAGCUAAAAAAAUGGCAUCAAAGGUUCUAAAAAUAGAAAUUCUAUGUAAUAGACUUCAACAUGGAAGUGUAAAUGUGUUUGUCAGAUUAGCUCUCUGAUCAGUUUAGCAUUGUGCACUCAUAUUUGUAGCCAACCUUUAAUUCAUAGUCUUUUCAUUGGGUGCCAACUUUGGCCAGUGACCUUUUCUUACCAGGGUAAGACUAUGUCAAAUGUGCUGUAGCUAGAACAAGCCCAGUGCCAAGCUGGUCAUUGAGCUGAUGUGCCGAAACAUUGGUUUCCUUGAAGAAAAGCAGGGUUGCCUUAAACACAGUUGCUGUAAAUAAUGGAGAAGAUCUCCUUUGACGUCAGAUUGUGACAUCAAAGGAGAUGCUCUUCGCGGUUUUUACAGACCAUCCCCAACGACGCUGUGUACUGAAUCGUAUAUUGAGAAGUGGUUUGGUACAUUGUGGUGUACCAUGUAAAACUUUGUGAGAUUUCAUGUAAUUCACUGAAUAUGCUUUUGGGACGUCUGGUUUAAAUGUCAGCUUGAGAAAUGUGAUGUGCCUUUUCAGUUCAUUUGAUGUUACAAACUAGAAUUCCUUGAUAACUCUGGCACAUUGCAGUAAGGUCACGACUGCAUUGUAAAUCUUACUUUUAUGUUAAAUUUUUUGUAUUAACUGUGCUCUAACAGUCUAAGAUGUCUGUAAUUUUAUAGUUAUCUACCUGACAUGACUUGCUCAGUGAAUUGCUUUUAUGAAUCAUUGACUGUGUAAAACAUCAGGUUUAUUUUUCUAAAGGCCUCAACGCAUUGCACAGCUGAGGAGGCGUCUUGGCAAGCAGGCGGUUCUGCACGUAAUACCUACUUUAGACUAAGGAAAAUUUGAAUUGAUGUUUUUUUGGCAUAACCACAGAAAUUAUGUGAAAUCAUGCCUCACGCUGUGCAUCAGUGUGUCGGAUUUAGUGGCAUCUAGUGGUGAGGUUGCAUACUGCAACUAACUGACAACUCCUCGCCUUGCCCUCCCCUUACAAGCAUGUAUGAGAAUCAAUGGUGGCUGCAAAAUUCAGGCAUUCUUAUAGCCUGUGUUUGGUUUGUCCAUUGUGGGCUACUGUAGAAACAUGGCGGUGCAACAUGACGGACUCUGCAGAAGAGGACCUGCUCCCCCUGUAGAUACAAAGAGCUCAUUUUGAGGUCAUGAAAACACGCCAAUUCUUAUUUUCUGAUUCCAUUUCUACCAAUAGAUCCCCCUAAAUCCUCCACACUGGCACUUACGCACCAUGUUGGAACUUGGUUGUCUACUUGUACAACAGUGAAACUUUAACCAUGAAUGAGUGCUUUUCCCAGAACUUUCAUUGGUCUUCCUUUGCAUUAGGCAGGCCACAGAUCAGCACGGAUUGAACUGUAUUCUUGUGCACCGAACCACAGCUAUGACGGAUCAGUUUUUUUUUUGCAUACACAGACCGUAACCUGUUCUUCACAUGGAUUAUUGUACACAGCAGAUGUACAGACUGUUCUUAGUUUAGGUUUUUCAAAUCUAAUUAAAACACCAACGAUAUACUGUAUUCUGUACUGUUGUCUGACCAUUGCACCACAUUAUAUCCUCCAGUAGCACUCAGUUAAAAUUCAAAAGACAUAAUAAUAUGAUUUGUAUAUAGAGUGGGUAAUUGAAAUUGGCCAGCAGAAAUGUGAAAUGUAUCUCUUUACAGUUAAUUGCGAUUGCAUUCAAGUUCUGCACUCUGUGUUAUUUCACAAAAUCAUAACAGUAGCUUUUUGGUCACCUGCAUCAGUCUACAAUCAGCUUCAACAUUGCAGUCUUUCAAAUAAAUAAA